GAACCGCGCUUGUCUGUGGAAGUACAUGUGAGUUUAUUUAGCUGGACAAUUUCCAUGUGGUUCUGCUUCAACAACUGAUUCAAAGCUAAUCUGUAGCUAGUACUGUCCUGUAAAAAUGGGCAAAAAGGGUCAAAAAGAACAAAAGAAAAUGAAAGGAGCAGAGAAGACAGCAGCCAAAAUGGAUAAAAAGAUUUCAAAGCGGUCUAAACGAGAAGAGGAGGACCUGGCUGCACUGAUAGCUGAGUUUCAGUCCUUGGAUGCAAAGAAGACAACAGUUGUGGAGACCGCCUGCCCGCCCCCCUCACCCAGGUUGAACGCCUCACUGUCAGCACACCCCGACAAGGAUGAGCUGAUCUUGUUUGGAGGCGAGUUCUUCAAUGGCAAAAAGACGUACCUCUACAAUGACCUGUUCUUCUAUAACAUAAAGAAGAACACCUGGGUGAAGUCAGACAUCCCCAACCCUCCUCCACGACGCUGUGCUCACCAGGCGGUGGUAGUUCCCCAGGCAGGGGGGCAGCUGUGGUUGUUUGGAGGGGAGUUUGCGUCUCCUGACGGGGAGCAGUUCUACCACUAUAAAGACCUCUGGGUUCUUCACCUCUCCACAAACACCUGGGAGCAGAUCAAGGUUCCAGGUGCCCCCUCUGGUAGGAGUGGACAUCGUAUGGUCCUGAGUAAGAGGCAGUUGCUGGUGUUCGGAGGCUUCCACGAAAGUGCUAGGGAUUUUAUCUACUACAACGAUGUACAUGCCUUCAGUCUGGACUCCUUCACCUGGAGUCGCCUCUCCCCCUCCGGCACUGGCCCCUCCCCUCGUUCAGCCUGCCAGAUGACCUCUACCCCCGAUGGCUCCGGGGUCAUCAUCUACGGAGGAUACUCCAAAGUGAAAGCUAAGAAAGAUGUGGAAAAGGGAACCAUCCACUCUGACAUGUUUCUCCUCAAGAGAGAUGGCAAAGAAGAACAAGAGAAGUGGUUGUGGUCCCGGGUGAGUCCCUCAGGCUCCAAGCCACCCGCCCGGUCGGGCUUCUCCCUGGCUGUGGGGCCCACGGGCCGGGCGCUGCUCUUCGGAGGGGUGUGUGACGAGGAGGAAGAUGAGACUCUGGAGGGGGACUUCUACAACGACCUUUACCUGUAUGACAUCAACAAGCACCGCUGGUUCCCUGCUCAGCUCAAGGGCUGUAAGUCGGAGAAGAAGAAGCGUCGACGGGGGAAGAAGGAAGGGGAGGGGUCAGGGGAGGGUCAGGAGGAGGAAGGAGCAGCAGCACAGGGACCUGUGGAGGUCAUCAAGGAGAUCGUCACUGAAGACGGAACAGUCAUGACCAUCAAGGAAAUAAUCCCCGGGACACAGGUGGAGGAAGAGAGUGAGGAAGAGGAGGAAGGUGAGGAAGGUGCCUCGGCCAUCCUUGUCGAGCCCUGUGCUCGCUCCAGUGCCAUGGCAACAGUGAAAUAUGGGAAGCUGUAUUUGUACGGGGGCAUGUUUGAGGUGGGUGACCGCCAGUUCACCCUCAACGACCUGUACUGUCUGGACCUCCACAAGAUGGACCAGUGGGAGGUGCUGGUCGAGAUGGACCCCAAGACCCAAGAGUGGCUGGAUGACUGGUCUGACUCAGAGGACGAUGAGGAGGGGGAUGAAGAGGAGGCUAAAGGAGGUGAUGACGAAGGGGAGGAAUCUGAAGAAGAAAGUGACUUACAGGAUGAGGAGGAUCACCCCCCAGUGCAGCCAGGUGAGGCGCUGGAAGACUUCCAGAGCCGUACAGAGCAAUACUGGGUAGGCCAGGCCCGGGCCAACAUGGGCCCAGAGGCUAAGGACACGAAGGUGCAGAAAGUGGGCAUAGCCAUGGCCAAGGUGUUCUAUGAAGACCAGCAGUGAGCCAGGGUGUAUGUGUAUCCGCCUUCUUUGUGUGUGUGUGUGUGUGUGUGUGUGUGUGUGUGUGUGUGUGUGUGGGACAGGUGGAGAGUGAUAGUUUGUCAUAGGGAAGAACGAGGGUACUCAUCAGUGUUUCCCAACUCCAGUCCUCAAGUACCCCCCCCCUCCCAACAGCACACAUUUGUAUUGUAGCCACGGACAAGCACACCUGAUUCAACUAAUCAUCAAGACCUCAAUGAGUUGAAUCAGGUUAGUUUGUUUGGGGCUACAACAAAAAUGUACACGGUUGGGGGUACUCAAGGACUGGAGUUGGGAACCACUGAUGAGUAUCCUCAUUCUUCCCUAUGACACAUUAUUAGAGUUGGAAAACACUUCUUUAAACUGAAGAGGCCAAUUAAAUAAUCUCUCUGCUUGGUGAACAUUUUCUGCCCUCAUAACCACCCAUGCCUUUGUACAGUAGGCCUAAUUGUGCACGAAAAUAUGCUGCUGUUUUGGCAGUUGGACUACACUGCAGUAUGUAUACUGUAUCGUAUUUGGAAUUAGUUUCUAGUUUCAUAUCUUCAAGAAGAUGGUCAGAAAAUCCUUGUCAUUGCUCACCCCCUUUGAUUUAUUGUUUUCUAAACCAAUUUGUCAUUAAACAUCCAACCAUAAUA